CGAGAUUUUCAAAACGAAGUCACCCGGUAAACCACGUCGUUUGAGCAUCCUUUUCAAAAGUGUACAUGCGAAGCACGCUGAAUUGCCCAAUUUGCACUCCCUGUUCCCGCUCUUUUUUCCAAUCGUUCCCGCGCCGAGAACCACGCGUAAAAAAUUAAAAAUCUCUCAAUCUCUCUCUGCCAGUCUGUGGAGGUGGAAGAGAGAUGCUGGGGAGGGUGAGACCCUUAUCUUCUUCUUCAUCGUCGUCCUUGGACAGCUUGGAGAGGCCAUCUCCGAAGAUAAUCAAGCAUGAUUCUCUCUCUAUUUACGAGGCUACAAUAAUGAAGCUUAAACUAGCUUCUCAGCGUGACAUAAGCUCAAUCCAGGAGGAGGCAAUGACAAUCGAAACUGAUGCUACUUCUGCAAGUGUUUCAGCAAGUUCCCAGAAUGAAUUAAGCUUACCCUCUAUGGAGGCAAUUGAAAUGGAAACAAGCAAGCAGACAAAUUGUUCUGCUAGUGUCUCCAAGAGUUAUCAACACUACCCAAGCUCAUCCUAUGAGGAGGCAAUGACAAUAGACGCAACUGGCCUUUCACCAGGUUGUAGUGAUUGUCAGUCUAUGAUCAACUCGGUGAAGCAGCAAAGAAACAGGAAUUUAUCAAUUGCAGACCUGUUUUCCAAGUAUAAGAGUUCUCAACAUGCUCAAAGCUCAGCAUAUGAGGAGACAAUGUAAGAUAGCGGUGGUUCUUCUAAUGAUGGUCCAUCUAUGGGCAGCGUGUGACAACAACUGGAGCCAGGAGUCUUAUCAAUUCUUUAUCAGCUUUUGCAAUGUAAGAUUAGAAUUUGUGUCUGUGAUCUUAAUUAGUCAUAAAAACAGAGGGCACUGCCCACUGACCACAACACUGAAAAGUGGGACACCUAUUCUUUGUUGUAGUUUCCACCAUACUGGUAGGUGUUUGUCCCCUGAUUUCAAGUUCAUCAGCUUAUAAAACAAAUAAGCAUUUGGUUUGACCAUGGAAAUACGUCAAUUCUUUUCUUUUCCA